UAAGCCAGGGGUUAGGGAUAAAUGCCAGGUCCUAAUCCACAGCACCCAUCCGUCUUUUGGUUCGUCCUCAGUGCAGGGCAACAGGAGUUCGGGCUCAAGAUGGUAGCAGUAGCCAUGUUACUACAGUACUGCCCAGUGCUUGCCCGGACCCCCACUGGCCUCUUGGGCAAAGUGAUUAAGACUCAUCAGUUCCUGCUUGGUACCGGACGCUGUCCCAUCCUAGCCACCCAAGGACCAACCUGUUCUCAAAUCCACUUUAAGGCAACUAAGGCUGGAGAGGAUUCUCCAUCUUGGGCCAAGGGCCACUGUCCAUUUAUGCUGUCAGAACUCCAGGAUGGAAAGAGCAAGAUUGUGCAGAAGGCAGCCCCAGAAGUCCAGGAGGAUGUGAAGACUUUUAAGACAGACUUGCCAAACUCCCUGGCCCCAAGUAGCCUAAAGAAACCAUUCACUGGUCCUCAGGACGCAGAACAGACUUCAGGGACACUCCCACAUCUGAUUCAGAACAAUAUGGCUGGAAUCCAUGCUUUUGAUUAUGACCAGUUUUUCAGGAAUAAGAUCAUGGAGAAGAAACAGGACCACACUUACCGUGUUUUCAAGACAGUGAACCGCUGGGCUGAAGCAUAUCCUUUUGCCCGACAUUUCCCUGAGGCAUCCGUCGCCCCAAAAGAUGUGUCUGUCUGGUGUAGUAAUGACUACCUGGGCAUGAGCCGGCACUCUCGGGUCUUGCAGGCCACGCAAGAGAUUCUACAUCGUCAUGGAGCUGGAGCUGGUGGUACCCGAAACAUCUCAGGUACCAGUAAGUUUCAUGUGGAGCUUGAGCAGGAGCUAGCUGAACUGCACCAGAAGGAUUCGGCCCUGCUCUUCUCUUCCUGCUUUGUGGCCAAUGACUCUACACUCUUCACGUUGGCCAAGAUCCUGCCGGGGUGUGAAAUUUACUCAGAUGCAGGCAACCAUGCUUCCAUGAUCCAAGGUAUUCGCAACAGUGGUGCAGCCAAGUUUGUCUUCAGGCACAAUGACCCUGACCACCUGAAGAAACUUCUAGAGAAGUCCAACCCUAAGACACCCAAAAUUGUGGCCUUUGAGACUGUUCACUCCAUGGACGGUGCCAUCUGUCCCCUUGAGGAGUUGUGUGAUGUUGCCCACCAUUAUGGAGCUUUGACCUUCGUAGAUGAGGUCCAUGCUGUUGGACUGUAUGGGUCCCAUGGUGCUGGGAUAGGGGAACGUGAUGGAAUUAUGCACAAGAUUGACAUCGUCUCUGGAACUCUCGGUAAAGCUUUUGGCUGUGUGGGCGGCUAUAUUGCCAGCACUUACCACUUGGUGGACAUGGUGCGCUCCUACGCUGCUGGAUUCAUCUUCACCACUUCACUGCCCCCCAUGGUGCUUUCUGGGGCUUUAGAAUCUGUACGUGUGCUCAAGGGAGAGGAAGGCCAAGCCCUGAGGCGGGCCCACCAGCGCAACGUCAAGCACAUGCGCCAACUACUAAUGGACCGGGGCCUUCCUGUCAUCCCCUGCCCCAGCCAUAUCAUUCCUAUCCGGGUGGGCAAUGCAGCACUCAACAGCAAGGUCUGUGAUCUCCUGCUUUCCAAGCAUGGCAUCUAUGUGCAGGCCAUCAACUACCCAACUGUACCCCGGGGUGAGGAGCUGCUGCGCCUGGCACCUUCUCCCCACCACAGCCCUCAGAUGAUGGAAGAUUUUGUUGGUAAGCUGCUGGUAGCCUGGACUGAGGUGGGGCUGCCCCUCCAGGAUGUGUCUGUGGCUGCUUGCAAUUUCUGUCACCGUCCUGUGCACUUCGAGCUCAUGAGUGAGUGGGAACGCUCCUACUUUGGCAACAUGGGACCCCAAUAUGUUACCACCUAUGCCUGAGAAGCCAGCUGCCUUAGAUGCUUACCCCAUCUGCACUUCACAUGGGACCGGGCCUCCUCCUGUCUUCUGCUUUCUUGUGUGCCUCUAGCUGACCAGAUUCUAAAAAUAAAGAGCAAAUUGCAUCA